GAGCAGCCCCACCCAUAAAAGCUUCCCUACAAAAAAAAGGCAAAAACAACCCAUUUUCCUUAGAGCGAAAGACAUGCUUCUUGCAAUAACGCAUAUCCCUUAAAUCCUGUAUUCAUGGCCGCAUGAGCCACACUUGUCCUAUAAAAUCUUACAAGAUCCCCAUUAGCGCAGAGAGACUCAAUACAGAAACAUGGGAGCUCAUCAGCUAUGUCCAAAACUUUCAUCUUCUUGUCAGAAAAUGGAGACGAGCUUAAAUGACUACGUUUCAAAGAGCAAGAUUGGUAGAUUCUUUAAGCUUGAAGCAAGAAAGAGUUGUUUCACCAAGGAGCUACGUGCUGCUACUGCCACUUUCCUUACCAUGGCUUAUAUCAUCACUGUUAACGCCACCAUCCUUUCUGACUCCGGCGUCACUUGCUCCAUCGCUGACUGCUCGCCUCCGGCUAACCAGACAACUCCUAGUCCUGAUUGUGUGCUUAAGCCCAAUGACGGUUACCAAAGCUGCCUUGACAGAGCUAAGAGUGACCUCAUUGUUGCAACAAUAUUGUCGUCUAUGAUUGGGUCGUUUGCUAUGGGGAUUCUGGCCAAUCUGCCUCUGGGUUUGGCCCCAGGUAUGGGUCCUAAUGCUUACUUGGCUUAUAAUUUGGUGGGGUUUCAUGGAACUGGACCCCUCUCAUACAAGACAGCAAUGGCCGUAGUCUUGGUUGAGGGCUGUGCCUUUCUUGCAAUAUCUGCUUUUGGGCUUAGAGCAAAGCUUGCGAGGCUCAUACCCCAUCCAGUUCGCCUGGCUUGUGCAGCAGGCAUUGGGCUUUUCAUUGCAUUUGUUGGCUUGCAAGUCCACCAGGGAGUGGGCCUGGUUGGACCAGACCCAUCAACUCUGGUGACCGUCACAGCAUGCUCGAGUACAAAUCCGGCAACCGGAGAGUGCAUCGCCGGAAAAAUGCACAGCCCAACAUUUUGGCUCAGCUCAGUUGGGUUCCUAAUCACAUGUUAUGGUUUAGUGAAAGGAAUUAAAGGCAGCAUGAUAUAUGGCAUUCUUUUUGUGACGUUCAUCUCAUGGAUUAGAGGAACUGCAGUCACUUACUUCCCAUACACUCCAGUAGGCGAAUCAAAUUACAACUACUUCAAGCAAGUGGUGGACUUCCACAAAAUCCAGACCACAGCUGGGGCAAUCAGCUUCAGCAAGUUCAAUACAAGUGAUGCAUGGGUGGCUCUAGCAACUCUAUUGUAUGUUGAUGUGCUAGCCACCACAGGGACACUCUACACAAUGGCAGAGAUUGGAGGCUUUGUGAAUGAUAAAGGGAGAUUUGAAGGAGAGUACAUGGCCUUCAUGGUAGAUGCAGGCUCCACAAUAGUGGGGUCUGCCUUAGGAGUAUCACCAAUAGCAACAUACAUAGAAUCAUCGGCUGGGAUUAGAGAAGGUGGCAGAACAGGAUUAACUGCAGUAAUAAUAGGUUUCUACUUUUUACUGUCAUUGUUUUUUACUCCUCUACUGACAAGUGUGCCUCCAUGGGCCAUAGGGCCUUCACUGGUGAUUGUUGGGAUACUGAUGAUGAAGGUUGUGAAGGACAUAAACUGGGAGGAUAUGAAAGAGGCAGUGCCAGCUUUUAUGACCAUGCUGCUUAUGCCCUUAACUUAUUCAAUAGCAAAUGGGAUUAUUGCAGGCAUUGGGCUUUAUAUUGCUCUGAAUAUGUAUGAUUAUAUGAUGAGAUCAGUGGGAUGGAUAAUGAAAAUGAGAAGAAUGGUGGUGAAAGAACAAAAUCAAGUGUCUGCUACAGCUGGUGUAGAUCCUUCAGUUGAAAUAAUUUAAGUGGUUUUUAGAACUCCAUUUUUGUUAAAUAGUGGAGCUUGUAAGCUAGUAGUGGGGGUGGGCUGUAGGGGCAACUUUUUGUUUUGUUAUCAAGCGAGAUAGAAGAAAGAUCAACAGCCAUCCUUUAUACAUAUACUGUUGCUGCAUUUCAUGGCUGUUUUUUACUUUCUUUAUCUCUUAUUGUCUCAAGUUAUUACUAAUUUCUUUAUCUCUCCCAGUAUUUGAAUGCAAUAUACACAAUUGUC